AGAAAACCCCACCUGUGUCAUCCCAUCUCCAAUGACUGAGCUAUGACGUAUGAUACACCAAUGGCCUCGAGCGGUUUCCAUUGGGGUAUUGGUCAAGCUACCAAACCAAACAAACACAUGCUCACCUGACACGCAACUACAAGAAGAAGACCCUGCGAGCUUUCAGUCCACCAACUUUCCAAUUACAUCUACACACAGCAAGUCUCAACAACCAUACCACACACCCAACAAUCACAAUGCCGAUCGCAACCACCAACGAAGUCAUCGAGAGCGCCGUGAUCCGUGCGCCCCUCUCCCACGUCUGGCACUUCAUCAAGCUCGCUGAGUUCCCCAAGUGGUACUCCCAGAUCAAGCAAGCCGAGCACAUCGUCAAGGGUGUCAGCGACGAGACGGACGUGUACAAGUGGACGUUCAAGGACGGGAGCGUGGUGGAGAUCAAGCAGGAUGAGCACAGCAACCUGGACCACUUCAUCACCUACAGUGUCAUCAACAGCGAGCCCGAGCUGAGCUACUCGAGCGUAGUCAGCACGAUUCGAUGCUGGCCCGUCACGUCGGGCGAGUUUGAGGAGAGCACUUUUGUGAGGUGGACUUCCAAGUUUGCGAGCGAUGCUGAUAUUGGUGUUAUCGAGGAUGCCAAGUACAAGCGACGGGAUGCGUUGAAGGACCUUGCGGCUGCGGCGCAGAAGAUGGUGAAGGAGCAUCAGAAGUAAUGAGAAGAUGGGAGGAUGGAAGCAAGCUUUGUUUGUUAUUGGUCAUGAUUUGGGAGACGGGUUCAUGGGCAGAAUAUGGAUAUUGUAAGAUGUUGAUGCUAGGU